AACUCUGCCAUCGUAUUAUCAAUGCAACUACUUUUACCAACAUCAUCCUCCUCUUCAUUCUACUGUCAUCUAUUUCAUUAGCUGCUGAGGAUCCCAUUGACCCUAUGUCCUUCAGGAACCAGGUGUUGGCCUAUGCUGAUAUAGUGUUCACUUCGGUGUUUACAGCAGAAAUCGUGCUCAAGAUGACAACAUAUGGUGCCAUUCUUCACAAAGGAUCUUUCUGCCGGAACUCAUUCAACAUCUUGGAUCUUCUGGUGGUCAGUGUAUCCCUCCUCUCAAUGGGCAUGGAAUCCAGUGCCAUCUCAGUGGUGAAGAUUCUUAGAGUGUUAAGGGUGCUCCGACCUCUGAGGGCUAUUAACAGAGCAAAGGGACUCAAGCAUGUGGUCCAGUGUGUAUUUGUUGCUGUCAAGACCAUUGGAAAUAUUGUACUGGUCACCAUGCUACUGGAUUUCAUGUUUGCCUGCAUUGGAGUCCAACUUUUCAAAGGCAAGUUCUAUGCCUGCACGGAUCCUGACAAAAUGACUGAGGAAACAUGCAAAGGCUGGUAUAUAAAGUUCCAGGAAGGAGCACUUCAUGAAGUGGAGGUCCGUAAGAGAGAAUGGACCAACUCAGGACUAAACUUUGAUAACAUCCUCAAUGGCAUGUUGGCUCUCUUUACCAUUUCUACCUUCGAAGGAUGGCCAAAGAUACUAUAUAAAGCCAUUGAUUCAAACUUGGAGGAUAAAGGCCCCGUUUACAAUCACAGAGUUGCCAUCUCAAUCUUCUUUAUCAUCUACCUCAUCCUCAUUGCUUUCUUCAUGAUGAAUAUAUUUGUGGGCUUCGUAAUUGUCACCUUCCAAGAGCAAGGAGAACAGGAGUAUAAGAACUGUGAGCUGGACAAAAACCAGCGUCAGUGUGUGCAGUAUGCUCUCAAGGCCCGUCCCCUGCGAUGUUAUAUUCCCAAAAACCCCUACCAGUAUCAGGUGUGGUACAUCGUCACCUCCUGCUAUUUUGAGUACCUUAUGUUCCUCCUUAUUAUGCUCAACACCAUGUGUCUUGGAAUGCAGCACUGUAACCAGUCAGACCACGUUACUCACCUGUCUGACAUGCUGAACGUGAUUUUUACUGUGCUCUUCACUGUGGAGAUGAUCCUUAAACUCAUGGCCUUCAAAGCCAAGGGUUAUUUUGGCGAUCCCUGGAAUGUCUUUGACUUUGUCAUUGUCAUUGGAAGUGUUGUGGAUGUGAUGCUGAGCGAAAUUGAUGGAGCACUGGCCUCCUCUGGGGGACUUUACUGUCUUCAUGGCUGCGCUGCGGUGGAUCCCAUGCAAGCGAUUGCGUCUUCUGAGAACAUGAGUGUAUCGGUCACAUUCUUCAGACUGUUUCGUGUCAUGCGUCUAGUGAAACUUUUGAAUCGCUCUGAGGGCAUACGGAAUCUUCUGUGGACCUUCAUCAAAUCUCUUCAGGCUCUUCCCUAUGUGGCUCUUCUCAUUCUCAUGCUGUUCUUUAUAUAUGCUGUGGUCGGAAUGCAGAUAUUUGGUAAAAUUGCAUUGGUAGAUGGAACAUACAUCAACAGGAACAACAACUUCCAGACAUUCCCACAGGCUGUUCUGCUGUUAUUCAGAUGUGCUACAGGGGAGGCAUGGCAUGAAGUGAUGUUGGCGUGUAUGUAUGGGAAGAAGUGUGACCCAAAGUCUGACUACCUGCCUGGUGAAGAGUACACCUGUGGAUCCAACUUUGCCAUCAUCUACUUCAUGAGUUUCUAUAUGCUCUGUGCCUUUCUGAUCAUCAACCUAUUUGUGGCUGUCAUCAUGGAUAAUUUUGACUACUUGACACGUGAUUGGUCCAUACUUGGCCCCCAGCACUUGGAUGAGUUCAAGAAAAUCUGGGCAGAAUAUGAUCCUGAGGCCACGGGACGUAUUAAGCAUCUUGAUGUAGUGACACUCCUGCGAAGAAUACCUCCUCCUUUGGGCUUUGGAAAGUUUUGUCCUCAUCGUAUAGCCUGCAAAAGGUUGGUCUCUAUGAACAUGCCUCUCAACAGUGAUGGAACAGUCACCUUCAACGCCACGCUGUUUGCUCUGGUUAGAACUGCAUUGAAAAUCAAGACAGAAGGUAAUUUUGAACAAGCCAAUGAGGAGCUGAGGGGAAUCAUCAAGAAGAUCUGGAAACGCACCAGUAUGAAACUACUGGAUCAAGUCAUCCCACCUAUAGGAGAUGAUGAGGUGACUGUGGGCAAAUUCUAUGCCACCUUCCUAAUCCAGGAUUAUUUCAGGAAAUUAAAGAAGAGACAGGAAGAGUACUAUGGUUAUCGGCCCACCAAGAAAAGUGCUACCCAUGAGAUACAGGCUGGUUUGAGGAACAUUGAGGAAGACACAGCACAAGAGCUCCAUAGAGCGAUCUCUGGAGACCUUGUGACUGAAGAAGAGAUGGGACAUGCUACUGAUGAAGCUGCUGUAGAGGGCAUCUUCAGGAGACAAGGUAGUGUUUAUGGAAACCACUCGGACCCUUUUUCUGUAGAGAGUGAAAUAGCCAAUGGCAGCCAGGCCACUAGCCAACGCCCUCUACAGAUGGCAGAAUGAGUCAUCAACAACAAUAUGAAUAUCUCCAACAACAACAUUACAAGUCACAGGUCUGUGUAAAACAGUCUUUUGCUGAAUCCUUCAGUUUACUGCAUAAUUACUUGAUCGUUUUAUUACUGUAGUGUACUAUAUUGUCAGUUAUUUUAUACCGUAUAGUAUUGAUGCAUAGGUAUGGCACUGAAGCCUCACUCAAGCCCUGCCUCACAUUCAUAUGCUACCAAUCAACACUAUUUGUAUGACUUCCCAUUACAUUCUUCCUGGAAUGCACCUAUAUAAAAAUAUGUAUUUAAUCUAUAAAAAUUCUUUGGACGAAAAAGUUUUACAUGCUUAUAAAAUAUCCCAACUCUUUACAGGCAUACUAGCUGCCAUGAGGCUGUACUUGUGACUGGUGAUUUGAACUGUAAUCACAACUGUGGUGGAUUGGGUUAUCAUUGAUUUUGAAUAAAAAUCUGUAAGAUAUCUUUAAUCCCUCGUUCUAUUCCCUUUGAGAACAAGUCAAAAGAAUUUUUGAUGAUGGCACCCCUGAGUUUUGUGUAAUGUGUUCCAACCGAGCAAUCUGAUUGGUCAACUAGACAUUAAGAAUGUGCUCAAAUCAGCAUGACAGCAAAUUAGACAGAACACAAAAAGUUUAUCUGCGUUCAUAUGCAACUUCAUUUUCACAUUUGUAUAUGUAUUUGCAGAACAAAUUAAGAAGAAUUAAAAAGACAGAGUGUAUAUAACAAACUGAGUUUUUUUUUAAAUGCUAUCCUUAUGACUUCUUUUUUCACCAAAAUUCACCUUAAAUCCUUCCUGAUUAGUUUGUUAUAUUAUCAUUGUUAUUGUCUCUAAAGUGGAUGCCAGAAUGCCAGCUUGGCGUAAUCAAAUCAGGGACAGUGCAGUUAUCCACUCAGCCACCAGGUGCCCCAUAUACACUGUUCUUUGUUGUAAUGGUGACUUGCUCCAUAGUUUAUUGUCUUGCAUGUUUGCCUGAAACUGAGAUUACAUGACAUUUCAUUCUCCCUUUCUUGUCAGUGUUUAUUAACAAUAUUUUGGAAGAACUGGCCUUUGACCAAUGAUGUCUGUCAGAGUAAGCAAAAUGGAGAUGACAGGAGCUUUUCAACAGGAGGACUGUGAUGAAAGGAGCUUCCAAGGUUGCCAACCUGACUUGCACCCAUUGUAGCGCAACAGGCUUCAGACAGGAAAAAAACUCUUAUGCAACGAUUAACAUUGAAUUGUAAUGUGUUUUGUAAUACCACAAAACAGUGACUGCUACAAAAAUACUUUUUUCUUCAUUAAAUUCUUCUUCAAACAC